CUGGACCCAACACCGCCACCUCGUGAGGCCACACCCCCACUGGACCCGACACCGCCACCUCAUGAGGCCACACCACCACUGGACCCUACACCACCACCUCGUGAGGCCACGCCACCGCUGGACCCAACACCACCCCCUCAUGAGGCCACACCACCCCAACAAAGAACUGAUGAGCAACAGCUGAAUAAUUCUGAUAAGAUGGGCCAGUCUUCUCCACUGCUAGUCUCAAGCCCCAUACAGUCCGCGGAGAUCCCUUCCCCAAAGGGGAGCCCUGCACCUUCUCAGACUCAACUCCCUUCCCGGAUGUCCCCACCCCUGACUCCCCCAUUGCAAAAUGUCCCACCCCAUACUUCCCCAGCCCCGAUUUCCCCAGCUCGGUCCCCACAACUCCAGACUGGUCAAUCCCCGACCUCUCCUCCCCGGAAAUUUCCACCCCUGAGUUCCCCACCCCUUUCUUCCCCUCCCCCAACUUCCCCACCCCCGGCCUCUCCACCCUCAGCUACUGCCCCACCUCGACAGUCCCAGAGUCCAGGCCCCCCUAGCCCAGCCAAGUCCAAUGAUGAUUCUGAAGCUGGCUUAACAACAUCUCCAGUAGGGAGCAGCUUGGAGGACGCAACUGCUAAGCAGGUUGGCGACAAGAGCAGAGAGGAGAAAGAAUCAGAGAUGAACCAAGAUGAUAACAGAGAGGAAGAUGAUAAAAUAAUUGGCAGCAGUACACAAGGAGUGGACAAGGAGCAGGAUGAGGCUGAUGAUGACAACAAAGAUGAGCAAGCUGAAGAGGCAGAGAAAGAAACGGGCAGGGCCAAUGAUAACAGUCAGCUAGCAGAUGGACGGGAUACUCCUCAAGCAGAGGAGCGCACUGCAGAGGAUAGCCAUCAGAUUGAAAACAAGGAGUCAUUUACAGAGCUAGGCACAGCUGGGGAAGGAGACACGCUGUCAGGAGAAGGCCUUCAUCUGCAAAAGAAGAAAGGACCAGGGGCCAAAGAUGACAAAGAUCAGGAUGGCAGUCAGAUUAAAGAUGAGGUAGUCAAAGAGCAGACCACAGCUGAUGAGGGAAAGAGGCUGUUUGGGAGUGGACAGGAUGAUCAUGUAAACGGCAUUGAGGAAGAUUGCAAUCAGAUUAGAGACGAGGACACUACCUCGCAGCAAGGGACAGCUGAAGAGGGGAACAGGAUGUCAGGAGAAGGUCAUUUGGUACAGGAGGAAGGAGUGGAGGCUGGAGCUAAUGGAGAUCAUGAGGAUGGCAGUCAGGUGAAUGACAAGGAGGCAGUCACUGAGCAAGCCAUGGCCGACAAGGGGAACAGGCUGCUUGGGAGUGUACAGGAGGAUCACGCUCACAGCAAUCCGGAGGACCGCUGUCAGACUGAAGACGGGGAUGCAGGCACACAGCAAGGCACAGCUGAAGACGGAGACAGGGAAGAGAAAGGUGUUGAUGAGGCAGAAGAGGAUGAGACUGGCAGAGAUGAGAAGGAGACUGGGCAAGCAGUGGAGCAACAUGCUCAGAGAGAUGAAGUGAGCAAAGAAAAGGAGAGCAGCGCAGAGGAAGAACAUCAGUCACCUGAAGAGCCAGCGGAAGAAGAGAAAGCUAACAAUGCUGGGGACGCAGUGGACAGUGAGUCUGCUUCAGAGAACAUAAACAAAGAUGAAGAAGCCCUUUCGAUAGCAGGCUAUGAAAACAUGAACAAAGGACAGAAAGAGGAGCUGGCCCCAGACAGCGAUGGAACCGAGCAAGAUGAGUCACCGGCACGUCGGGCAGACUCGGGCAAGGAGAUGGAUUCUGGGAUCAGGUCCGAGGAGGACCCUCCCCUGCAGAAUGACGACUCAGACAGCUCCACCCCCCGCAAGUAUACACCCACCCCACCCAAGUCUCCCCGUAAGAGCCAGUCACGGCCGCGCCCAGCCUCACGACGUGGAUCUGCCCAGAAACCUGCUGAAAAUGGCGUCCUUGCAAGCAUGGAGACAGCUGCUAUGUGAGUCAUAACAUUGUCACACCAAGCCAAAAGAGAGCAAAAAUGAACAAAAUAAGGAAACACAAAGGUAUCCCACCACUUUGUGCGUAACAAAUCGCUUACAAACUCAGUCCACAGAAUCUUAAUAGGAAGAUGUACCAAUGAUUCCAGGUAAACAUGUACAUGUAGUUUUAUGCACGCAUCUUCCUGCCUGUUUAAAAGAAAAAAAGAGUUGUAAAUUCUUGGAUGUGAAGUUUGCUCUGUGUUCAUAUAAACAUGUACAUGUACAUGCACUUGGUGUCACAAUGUUGUAACAGUGUAACAGGUGCACAAGUAACAAAGAAGUUGUUUCUGAUGUCGUCGUUGCAUAAUUUUGCCUUCUGGUGUACAUAUACAGCUAAGGAAAGAGACACAUUCAUUUACAUUUCAGGUGAAAAAAAUGUGCUUUGUUUUCUUGUGCCAAAGUAGAUGCCCACACAAAAGUACAACAAAAUCUAAAAGUUGAAAAAGCUGAAUGUUUGAUCGAGUAUUUGUUUUCUGAUGCAAAAUACCUUUUGCCUACCUUUUAAUAUUUAGUGCACUCGGUAAAAAUGUUUCAAGUCAGGGCUAAAAUAGAUCAUACAUGUAAAUCAGGGCUAAGCCAUUUAAAUUUGAAAAGUUUUGUGAGACAUGCCAUGUGGGUGGGUGGUAGUCUUGGAAACAUGGUUGAAUAAAAUCGAGUGGUUCAGCUGAAUGUUAUUCAGGACAUGGUAACGGACAUCAGAAUUGUAUUCCAAAUUUUUAAUCGUAACAUAAUGCUGUUCAGUUGUUUAUAUAAGACAGGGAUUUGGACAUUUACUUUUCACUCGUGAAACCAAAAGAUUUACAUAUAAUGUACAUAUAAUGCAAUUGGAUAAAUACUAUCGUAUUAGUUUUAGUUCUUGCAUUAAUUACAGUUCGUGGUUCACUGUGCAUUGAUUAGACCGUCCAUUUUGCACAUAACUUUACAAAACAUUACUAUGUUUGACUUGUUUAGACUAUAUAUUUAGCCCUUAUGCACUGACCGUCCAUGAAUUUUGUUGUAUAUAUUCAUACUAGUCAGAGAAAAAGACAGAGAUGCUGUUGAUGUGGGAGGUCCAUUUCGUUCUAUUGCAACUUUUUGCCAGAAGCACAUGCCUUAAUGUUUUCGAUUUCACUUUCCACAUCAAUACAUGUACCUGUGCACAUGUGCUUAAAGUUAUCCAAAGACAUCACAGACAGUGUACCGAUACCAUUGGACUGGGUAGAUUACGUAGUGAGGUCUUUGUCAUUCUGAUUCAUGCAUGCACACACACACAGCCAUGUUCUUAGCUGUAUCCAAGUACCACUGUCUGUAUUGUAUUCACUUUGGCAGGUUGUAUGUUAAGCUCUGCUUUGUCAGCAUUUUUCAGUGUGAAGAGGGAAGUGGGGGGCUGAGGAGCAUACUGUUGAAAAAUCACGGUGGAAUUUAGAAACAAGUAUUCAGGCUUCAUGCCACAUUGGCUGCAUAUUGCAUUUAUUGUUGGGAGCAAUGGACAGACAUAAGAACAUGGUCUAUUCUUAAUGUACAUUGAUGAAAAUAUCCUUGCUCUGCGUGUAGUUUCAUAGCAGAGCCAAUAAUGCCUUUGAAACGUUUGAAAGAGCUUAGUAUAGGCCGUCUACCACAAGAUGUUACUUCAACCAUUGGGAAAAGUGUUCAGUAAGCGAAACCUUAUAUUCACAGCAUUACAUGAGUUGACUUUGAAGCUUUUUUCAUAUGACAUUCUACAAAGUCUACACAGCAUUGCAGUGCAAAUUUGUUUUUGAAACAUUAUUGCUAUUUCUUUCUUGCUUUACACUCUACACUUAUUGGCUACCUGUUUGGUGUCUGUAUACAGUUUGGGUCAUGUUGUGGUUUUGAGAAUCAUUUUUUUUUCCUUCAGUAGCCGCUAUGCAUCCCCAUCAGCAUUUUUUAUGUAUUUUUGCUGCGAUAGCAUUCAUAACUGUAAAAUUCUUUGUUGAUUAUCAGCAUUGCAUAAAUGUGGCAGAUAAGCCCUAAAGGUUGAGUGGAAAUGUUCUCAAUACAUUUUUGCCAUAAUUCUUGACACAUGUACUUUUGUGUAUGCACUCAGGAAGAUGUAUUACCAAUGUUCAAAUUAAUUCAUUGUGGACAUUUUUAUUGUCACGUGCUAUAACAAUAUUUUGUGUUCAUCCUAAGAAAAUACAUCACAAGUAAGAAUAUAUUAUGCACUAAUUUAAGGCACUGUAUCUUAUCUGAUCUGUGCUGUGUUGAAGCGUGGUUGUUACAUUGUAUGUGGCAAAUUGGAAUGAAAGUGAACUCAUAGAGCACAUUUGAAUUGCUUAGAUCUUUCUUACUAGGGAAAUUCUUUUCAUGCUAAUAUCAACCAAGAAACAUAGAGUACCCGGUAUUCCUAACCAUAGCAAAGUAUUUGCUAAUGAAAUGCACUGUGCAUGCUAGCACAGUCCAAAAGAAGGAUCUUUUACGUAGGCUGGAAACAUUUCAACAAGGAAUUCUUCACAAAAGUUUGAAGUACAGUACUCACUUGUAAAGGUGGUUUUGUUUUCGUUUAUUUAGUGUCGUUAAUUUCUGAUGUCAUACACGUUAUCCAGAAUUUGUUUCAUUUUAUUUAAGUGCCGUUAUUUCUGAAAUACCUUUAUCGACUUUGAAACAAACCACUUUGAGAAGUGAAGGAUUUAUUUUAAAUGUCCAGUAACAUUCUUGCUAUUAAGACUCCUGGGAUUUAUAAUUCUACUUGAAUCAAACAUACAUGUGGUUCGAAUAUUGACAGGUAUUAACGUUGGGAUUUGGAAUUGGUUUCAGUAUUUGGGGCCAAGCGAUGCGGUAGCUAUGUGUAUAAUUAAAAUAGUUCAACUUAAGAAAGUAUAUUUUUCGUGACAGUAUAUAGAGUUUUGAUCUUCCAUGAUUCUAACUUGCCAUUUUAUACUGGGAAAAGGUGAAUACGAGUUUACUUUAAAAUGGCCCGAAGGUAUAAUGGAGCCCAAAACCCGCUUUGAAAUGGGAGUAGGGUACGGACACAUUCUAAUUUGAUGGCAUUCCUAAUUAAAGACAAUUUCUAAUCGUCAGUUUCAUAUGUUAAUAUGUAUCCCCCAGCCUGCAUUUGUUCAUUCCGAAUGUUAAGUUCUCGUCUGAGUUAUGUAAUUGAUGUUGUUUGAAACGUAUAAAAUGUGAAGAUGUUCUGUUGAAAAUGAAAGGUGAACUGUAAAAUUAUUGUAAGAUAGAGGAGCAAAUUAAAAUAAUAUCAAAACGAAAUAUUU